AUGGGUGGGAACGGCGGUGGGGAGCUUCGCAGUUGCUCUCCUGGAGCUUCAGAGAACAGCAGCACUGGCGGCGGCGGCGGCGGCAGCUCCAGACUGCCGCACCUGCCGACCCUCAGCGGGCACGUCGUCUCCGCCGCCGCCGCCGCCGCCGCCCGCUGCCCGCAUGUCGUCGCGGCGCCGUCGCCGCACGCGCCCAGUCGACCGCCUUCAGCCCUUCGCCGCCCCGAGACAGAUGUAGACGGUUGUUGUGGAGGAAACCACGGAGGCAAGGGUGGUGGAGAGGGAAAGAGCGGGACGAAAACGGGUGAGAAACCCCACAAGUGCGUCGUGUGCGGCAAGGCGUUCAGCCAGUCGUCCAACCUCAUCACGCACAUGCGCAAGCACACGGGCUACAAGCCCUUCUCGUGCGGGCUGUGCGACAAGGCGUUCCAGCGCAAGGUGGACCUGCGGCGCCACCGCGACAGCCAGCACCCGUCCGCGGGGGCUGUGCCCUGCUCGCCCUCCCCCGCCGCCCCGCCGCCCUACUCGCCCAAAACCCCGGGCGCGGGCGCCAGCGCGCCCGCCGUCUACUCGCCCAACCACACCAGCAUGGACUGCAGCCCGCCUGCCGUCUACUCGCCCAAGCACCCGGGCGCGGACUCGAGCACACCCGCCGUCUACUCGCCCAAGCACACCAGCAUGGACUGCAGCCCACCUGCCGUCUACUCGCCCAAGCAACCAGGCGCAGACUCCAGCCCACCCACCGUCUACUCGCCGGCCGCCGUGUCGCCCACGUCCUGGCCGCCGGCCCCCUGCGAGUCCGCCCGCUCGCCCGCGCCCCCUCUCACCUGCAGCGGCCGCCUCAGCCCGCGCCCGCUGGAGAUCCAGGGUCGAUUCCGGGCGGAGCUCACCUCGGGGCCGAGGCCGCCUGAGGCCUGA